AUGGCGACGGUCACCUGUUAUAAACGGAACGCGUCCACAGCGGAAUGCAGCAGCGGGUGCCUCCUUGCUCCUCGCGAUGCUGCUUCGUCAUUUCCGGUAGUGUUCUGCGACAAAGCACCCCCUGACAUAGUGUUCUUCUUUGCAGAUGACAUGGGUUGGGAUGAUCCGAGCUUCCACGGGUCUUCCCAAAUACCUACGCCAAACCUGGACGCCUUGGCGGCGGAUGGCGUCAUACUCAACAACUUCUACGUCCUGCCAGCCUGCACGCCUUCGAGGUCGGCUUUCAUGACCGGUCGCUACCCAAUACGCAUGGGUACUCAAGGCUACCCUGUCGACAUCGGCCAGCCCUGGGGACUGCCCUUGGACAUACGAAUUCUGCCCGAGUAUCUCAGAGACCUGGGUUAUGAACUCAUUAGUAGGAAAGGUGCGCGUUCGUUAGACCUUAACACUAGCUAA